AUGUGUGCUCGGAAGGUCUCUCCACCCAGCCAGCCCGGCAGUCCCGGCCCACCCUCCGAGGCCACCAGUGCUAGGCGAACCACCGGCAAGGUUCUAAUUCCUCGCGAUCGUUCCAGGCUGCUGCUGGCCCCCUCCCAGAUCCGUACCGCCCGGGCCUGCGAUCCCUGUCGCCAGCGCAAGGCCAAGUGCAAUGGCGGGAAGCCAAUCUGCGGUCAUUGCGAGCGGUUCGGCAUCGACUGCAUCUACUCGGAGCAGAAGCGGACCCAGGAGAAAAAGGAGCUGGAUAUGUUGCGGGCCGCCAUCAAGCGGCAUGAACGCAUGCUGCAGCUCAUGUCCCGCCCAUCCGACCCUGCAGAUCGUAGGCUGACCCGGCAGAUGUCGUCGCAGGGCCCGGGGAUUACCCUCGAGCGGAUGCAGAGGGCGUGGUUGACCCGACUGUCGGGGAAGCCUGAAAUGGUCAACCGACAUCCUCCGUACAACGUCAAUGCCACAGAACGAUGGACGUCGAUUGUCGACAAUGCAGCCGCGUCGCAUCUCUUCUCGCUGUUCUUCGUCUGGGAUAAUCCAACCUGGCUCCUCGUGGACCCGGGCUCAUUCCUUGAGGACUUUCACAGCGGGCGCACCCAGUUCUGUUCGUCAUUGCUAGUCCAUACCGUUCUGUUCUAUGCGUGUCACUUUUCCUAUGACUUUGAGAAACCAUGGGACCGGCGCGUGGAGAUGUCCACCGCGAAGCGACUGCUGCGCGAGGUCGAACGACUAUGGCAGCGCGACAAGGCGACCGUAUCUCUUCCCACCAUGCAAUCCAGUCUGCUCCUAGGACUGUUCUUCUGUGCCGCCGGAAAAGAUAAAAUCGGCGUUGAAUACAUCCAAUACGGUGCGCGGAUGGGGCUACACCUAAAUCUGCACACAUCACCUCAUAUCGAUGCAGCCCACAGCCGGGUAUACAAGACCCUCGCCAGCGCGGUCUACGACAUGCAAACCUUGGCAUUGCAAUUAGCAAGGAUACCGUCGGUCUGGCCGGGACCACCCGAGCUUUUCCUAUCCGAAGAGGACGCCGCAGCAGCAGAUCUCAACCAGCAAUGGGCGCCAUACCCGUUCACCCACCCAUCUCACCGGUCAUUCUUGUACACUGGACUCUCCGUCCGACGAAAGCUCUUGAUCGCCGUCAACGACGUGGGACAUCUGAUACAGGAACUCGGUGGCCGGGUGGAUUUGCAGGGCUGGCAGAAGGGGGCUGUCCUAUACCAACGACUGUUGCAGAUCGAGCGGAAUCUGCCCGCAGUGCUAGGGAUCCAGCGGAACCGAACGCCCCAUAAUCUAUGCUUUCACAUGUACUACCACAUGACGGUAGUGAAUCUCUGCGGACUGUUUGUCUCCCUGGACAGCAACACCCCGACGGAUGUGCUGAUCCAAGCCACGAAUUUCGACCCGCAAAAGACACUCGCCGAAGCAAUGGACGCACUGGCAACGCUGAUCCUGCUUUAUCGCGUAUGUCAUGGAUGGAAGUCAAUUCCAGUGGUGAUGGUGCACUACUUUGUAGUUGCGGGGGUGCAUGCAGCCUCGCACCUGGAGUCGUCGAAAUGGCGCGAGGUGCUGGUCAGCUGCGUGUCCGGACUAUGGCACAUGGGGCUGGUCUGGCGAGUGUCUCGUGCAUUUCUGCGGACGAUUCAACUGGUGUUGCAGAGUGCCGACCCGACAUUGAUUCCGGGUGAAGCGGCGUCGAUCUUGAAGGAGUUUGACGAGAAGGUGUGGAAUCAAAACGAGGUCAAAUCGCUGGCGGCCAACUAUGUGGUGCAUCACCAUCCGAGUCGUUCGCUGGCACUGGACCCGAGCAAUAAUUUCCAAGGGGAGGGGUUGGAGAAGUUGAUUCGAGCAUUUGAUCGACUGAAUACGGAUGAUUAGGUGGAUGUGGAGAGACGAAGGGGAGAGAAGAGGAAAUACACGAGAGGUCUGUACACGACGAC